CUUCUUGUCUUCUUGUUGAUUUUUUUUCUCAAGUUAAUUGUAUUUUCUUUUUGAUUGUUGAUGGUUAAAUUAUAAUUGUUCUUUCAAGAUUAUCUUUUGCUGGAAGAAUGUUGUCCCGACUGAAUAAACUUAAUUCUAUUACUUUUCCUUGCUCGAGUAUUUAUAAAUCUUCUUUGAUUACUGUUCGUUGCUCUUCCUCUUCUUUAAAAUCUAAUCCAAAGAUUGAUUCAAAUUUAAAUGGCUCUCGACAACAAUCAACUAACGAUGAUGAGAGUAAUCGGUUAAUUUAUGAAGGACCUUUGAUUGCAAAAAUUAAAUCCGUUAAACUGUUAUCAUUAACAACGAGUUUGUGUGGAUUCGCUGGUCAAACAUACAUUUACAAUAAGAGUUUACAAGAAGGAGCAAAUAUCUCAAUGGUCACUCUGGUUUUCACUUCGGCGGUGGUUCUACUUUUCUCUCUCACUCCUUUGCUAAUUAAUUCAAUUACUAAGCGAUAUGUUUACCAGUUGUACUUUAAUCAGCGGGAGAAAAGUUUCACUGCGUAUACCCUUAAUUUCUUGAAUAGACCAGUGGUAACACAUUUCAAUCAGUCAACUCUUCAAUUAGCUCCGGUUGCUUCACCAUUCACGACAAUUAUGGUUAACAAGAAACCUUUUUUCUUAGAUUUGAAAGACAUUAAAGAUCCGGAUGCACUUGAAUUGUUUACCAAAGAAACUGUUGAUUAGAAAUUAUCUAAAUUGUGAAAUUAUAUUAGAAUACUUUUUGUUAAUUGUUCUCCAUCAAGAUAUGGUCCAUCAAAAUUAAUCACCAUUUAUCUUUAAAAGGAAAAGAUUGUUAAACUGCCAAUCGAAAAUAAAUGAAUUGAUUUACAAAUGAAA